AUGGAGAUUUUCUCUGUUUUGUCCGAGCCCUCCUACGUCGCCGUUGCAGUGACCGCUCUCUGUUUUCUUCUCGCGCUCUACUCUCUCCUCCGAUCCUUUUCCCUUCCUCGGAGAUUCACUCCGCCGAGGAAGCACCACUGCGAUUGCGCCUCCGAUUCACCGUCCGUCGCCGCCGCUGCAGGCGCCGUGCCCUACCUCAACGGCGCCGCCGAAAUGCUUGAGCCCAGUCCCGUCCCGGCGCCUGUCGUCUUGGGGGAGCGGUUGACGGGGUCGUCCAUGAUGGAGGAACUGGUGCCGGAGAUUACGACGCACGCGCUCAGUUACUUGGAUUAUCCCAGUCUCUGUCGUCUCUCCAUGACCAAUUCUUUGAUGCGAAAGGCCGCCAACGAUGAUAACGCUUGGAAGGCCUUGUAUCACAAGGACUUCACAUUGGAACAAGAUAGUAUCACACCCACUAAUGGGUGGAAGGCGUACUAUGCUGCAACAAGAGCAAUUGUGAAUAUUAAUACAGAAUUCUUCAAUAUUGUAAGAGAUAAGUCUCUUCCAGCAAUGAGUCGUUUUUGGCUGAAUGCAGAUUAUGUGAAGUGCAUUCAUGCCUCAGGAGAACUCUUUUCCGGGUUUAAUGCAGUAAUGCAGAGUUGGCAACUAGUAUUCAACUGGGAGCAAGGAUUGAAUUUUCAGGUUCGAGAUGUGCGCGCUCGCGUCUUGGCAGACAUGGCUUGGGUUACCAUGAGAACAUAUGUUGACAUGGAUACAGGGCCAUUCAAUGUGACCAAUGUUUUUGAGUUCCAUAAUGGACGAUGGUAUAUGGUUCAUCAUCACAGUUCUAUGAUGAAUGGGGAUGUGGACCAUCAGAUAGUGCAUGGAUAAUAGUGAGAGAUGAUACAUUUUAUGUCUGAUACUGGUUACAAAAGGUGGUUUUAUUUGCAGAAGCAAGAUGCUUGAAAUUUUCGUGAUUUCUUUGGAAGAUCCUUUUGUAGUUUCCAAUUUUAGUUUCAUUUUUAUACUGUAUAUAAGACAGGAAGUGGCAAUGGCGCCAGAAAAGAGUUAUAAGUACAGUAAAUGGAUUAAAGUAAACGCAAAAAAGAUGGGCAGAAAGUGGUUACUGUGAAUGAUACGUUGGAUCAGGACGACGUUCAUACUUUGCAGGCAUCCAAUCUACUUGUGAAAAGCAAGGCUCAGCAGUCGUCGGGGGGAAGAAAAAUGCACAAGCAUUCUCUAUUUUUGUCGUGCAUCCUAGUCUUAUUGUGCAUCUUUUUCCUGUGAGUUGAUUUUUGAAUCCUAUGCUAACAAAAUCAUGAUUUUAUUGUAAAGCAUGAUUACGAGAGAUUC